AUGGCAGAAGGAGUCUGCAAGACCGAAGAGGAUGAAGGACUAAGUACCGAGGAGGAUUCGGAAUCUUUCCACGGUGUCGGCGUAUGUAAAUGGUUCAACGUGCGCAUGGGCUUUGGGUUUUUGUCCAUGACCAACCGAGAGGGGGUCCCGCUCGAGUCUCCGGUCGAUGUGUUCGUCCAUCAGAGUAAGCUGCACAUGGAGGGCUUCCGCAGCUUGAAGGAGGGCGAGGCGGUCGAGUUCACCUUCAAGAAGUCAGCCAAAGGCCUGGAGUCCCAGAGAGUCACUGGGCCAGAGGGCACACACUGUGUGGGCAGCGAGAAGAGACCCAAAGGCAAGAGCGUCCAGAAACGGCACUCCAAGGGAGAUAGGUGCUACAACUGCGGAGGCCUGGACCACCAUGCCAAGGAGUGCAAGUUGCCGCCCCAGCCCAAGAAGUGCCAUUUCUGCCAGAGCAUUUCCCACAUGGUCGCCAACUGCCCAAUCAAAGCACAGCAGUCCUCGCCACGUUCUCAGGGAAAGCCCUCCUCCUUGAAAGGGGACGAGGAGGAACACGGCCACUCGGCCCCUCCCCCCGUGAGCUCCGAUUGAACGAGGAGACGCAGGAAGGAAGCUUGGGGAAGCUUUACUGGAUAGAUGGCAGCUAAGUUUCCUUUCAACUGUAUAAGACGCUUUUGGAACUACCUCAGGUUUUUGUAAACAAAACGAUCAUGAAGAAAGAAUGUUACUGAAGUUAAUAUUUUGUGGUGUAACACUCACAAAUACAGCUGUAUUAUUAUAGCACUCAGGAAAUAUUUGUAAAAAUGUAUGGAACCGCUAUUGAGGGGUUUAAACUUGUAAUAAGUUAUGGCACAUCACAUAUUAUUUUGAUAUCUUUAUAGAAUAGAAAGUUGUUUAUUUUUCACUGAGCAGAUCAUGAGAAACCAUGCCACUCACACUAGUAUGCUACUAUACUAAACUCACCAGGAAGCUUAAAAUCACUGUGUCAAGUAUAGCUAAACACUUUUGCUGCCUUACAACUUCUUGACUUUCCUGAUUGUUACACCCCACUAUAUCCGACAAAGACAGAGUUGUGACACUACACCUCUGCAAUGAAUGUUAGUUUCAUGGGUGGUAAUGGGCGGGCACAUCCGAACCAACGGGACGGGGUAAUAGCUAUAGGAAAUGUAUUGGCGGCUACCAAUAUUGUUGGUGACCAUGCAGAUGUCCUGGGGACAAAUGAAUGUCAAACCAAAAAGUAUGGCAUUUAUGGCCAGCUUUCGGUUGUUGUUGUGGUUGCGUCAUUUCUGUUACAUGUCUGAUCUGCUGCUGCUACAUUACAACCAUACUCUAGAACCCUACAGGUGUAGGAUCUUAAUUUGAUCACUCUUUUUGUUGCUGAGAAUUUUCCCGCACAUUAGGAAAUGCAACUUGUAGUGUAUCCAAGACUUCUAAAGUUUGUGAUUUCCACUUGAAAAUGUCAAGACUUGAUUUUCCCUAAAGAAAUAUGUAUCGAUCCUUAUAAAAAAGUCAAUUCAUUAUAUUCCACAUGAUAAUUCACAUUUCCUGUUGCUGUAGAUUUAUUUUCCUGCAGUAGCAAACUGCCUUAAAUUAAGAUCUUACAUCUCUAUAAUCAACUUGAUCAUCCUCUGCUUAGACUACAUACAUCAGUAUUUGGAAUUUAAUCACUGACUCCAGAAAUCACACCAAUACCUGUGAAAUGUAUCAAACAUAAGUAAUUUAUCAUGUAGAAAUCAGAUGCAAGAUUUUAAUGGAUUACUGAGGUUGAUUCAUAAAUCUACAUAAUCAUACUUGUCCUGUUUAUACUUCACAGUCGAAGUAGCAUCAGCAUCAGGCUUUGUCUACUGUCUUAGAAAAAAAGGUGCUGCUUAGAACCAUAAGGGUUUUUCGAAUGAAAAAACUUUCCCACCACAAAGAACCCCUUUGAGAACACAUUUUUUCAAGAGUAAAAGCGGGAGCAACACAUUUUUAUUCAGUGUCGUCAAUUACUAGGUACCUAUUUAAGACAUUGCCUCCAAAGCUGCUUGUGAGGACUACACAGGAACACCACAGUCGUAUUCACAAGGCACCAAACGGA